GCUAACCUAGACAUACCGGAGGAAUUCGACGCUCGCACUCAUUGGCCAAACUGUACCUCGAUCGGUGAUGUCCGCGAUCAGGGAUGCUGUGGCUCGGCUUCCGUUGUUGCUUCCGUUUCUGUCAUGAGUGAUCGCUGGUGUGUCAACUUGCCAACCAAGGAUAAUUUUAACUUCGGAGAGUUUGAGCUGCUGUGCCGCAAGAGAGGACGUGAGAAGGUUUGUAAUGGUGCUGACACGGACGAUGUCUGGCAUUACUGGAUCGAGAAGGGUUUGGGAAGCGGGUCUCCUUAUGGACAAAAGGGUGCCUGUCAUUCGUAUCCAUUCACGACCUGCAACGGCUUCGAGAAGCCUAAGGAACCGUAUUGCGUCAACCUUUGCAGGGAUCGCCGAUAUGGACGUUCCUUGUACGGCAUCUGGCAUAGUGAGGAAGCCAUCAAGGCUGAAAUCCUUCGGCACGGACCCGUACUUGCCUCUUUCAAUGUCUACGCCGACUUCUCUAGCUACAAAACUGGUGUCUACAAGCGUGUUACUGGAGCAAUCUCUGGAACUCAUUUGCUCCGGAUCAUUGGCUGGGGGGUUGAGGAUGGCGUCAAGUACUGGCUGGCUGCCAACAGCUGGGGUGCCAACUGGGGAAUCGGUGGCUUCGUGAAGUUUGCCCGUGGUUCCAAUGAGUGCGGAAUCGAAUCGAACGUUUUAGCUGGUCUGCCAGACUACGAGAGGCACGAGCGCAGUAACUCGUCUUAUUGA